GAGACACCACCACCCAUCACCACCUCAACAGCAAUAGGCCUGCUUGUCCUCUACACGCUUCUUUACGUCAUCCCCUUCUACCUCUCGCCCAGGACGCGCCCCUCGGCCCGGCUGAGCAGGGACGCGCCCUCGGUGAUCCGCGCGCGCAUCACCGCCGUCAGCCUCACCUGCGCGCUGACCUCGCUGUGCACGCUGGGCGUGCUCGUCGUCACGGGAAAGUAUGAGAACGCCCAGGCGCUCCACGCGAUGGGCUACUGGCCCGUCGGGGUCGUCGAGAGCUUCAGGGCUCUCCUCUUGACAGCGCUGCUGUUCGCGGGCCCGCUGUUCGAGGCGCUGGUUGUGGAGGGGGGCUGGCGGUCGUGGGUUACUCUGGAGCCCAUGAAGAUGGUCCUGGAGGAGUGGACUGCUUGGAGGAAUUAUGUGAUGGGCCCCCUGACUGAAGAACUCCUCUUCCGCUCCGCCGCCGUCCCUCUCCUCCUCCUAGCCCGCACAUCCCUCGCCAAAACCAUCUUCCUUUCCCCCUUAGUCUUUGGCCUCGCCCACGUCCACCACCUGUACGAGUUCAGGGUCACCCACCCCGCCGUGCCCUUCUCCGCCGCCGUGCUCCGCUCCGCCUUCCAGCUGGGCUACACCACCCUCUUCGGCGCCUACGCGACCUUUGUGUACCUGCGCACCGGCAGUCUUCUAGCCGUGUUCGCCGUGCACGUCUUGUGUAACUGCAUGGGCCUGCCGCGGGUCUGGGGCCGCGUGACUGCUCGGGCGGAGGACGGGCCGUCGUCGUCGGGGGAGGUGGUCGAGACGGGGCGGAGCUGGACCGUGAUUUAUUACGUCUUGCUUGUGGCCGGUGCCGUGGCGUGGUAUAAUUCGCUGUGGACGCUGACGGAGAGUGCGAAUGCGCUGGUCACGGUGGAGUGGUGA